AUGGCGAAUGCCCUCGUGGGUGCAUGUAAUUGGGUUAGAGCCGAUUUGCUGCACGCUGUGACGGUCCAGUCGAAUAUUAGACGAGUGGGGGGCCUGGCGGGCAUUUUACCGGGAAGGGUGCGAUUGUCGCCACUUAAAGAAGUGAAAGAAGCCAUACUUUCUAUCAAAAUUUCUGAAAUAAAUAACCUUCAUUUGGAGGACUUGCCAAACUUAAAGAGUAUAUCUUCUGGUGACACUGUGGAAUUGCCAUCUUUGGAGCAUGUGAUUGUGAACCGUUGCCCCAUCUUAAAGAAGUUCGGUUUGGGAACAAUAAAACACUCACAGUUAAAGUCACUCAUCUUAGACGGUCAAGUUCAAGUUCAAGACGACAUUGAUACAAAGAUUGCCCAUAUUUUUGAAUUCUUGGAUAUAUUCUCAACAAUUAUCGACUACAAUAUUGAUAAUACUAAGGAAUUAAGUAAGGUAAUAGACAACCUUCAACCUUCACAUUUUACCAACUUGAUAUCAUUCUCAGCAAAAAGUUGUGAUGAAAGGAUACAUAAAUUUCUGUCUAUUUUGAUUAAAAGAUCAAAAAAGCUUCAAGUUAUCGUCAUUAAGCAAUGCAAAACAUUAGGACAUUUAUUUGACCUCGAGGAACUUACACCUGAUGAGGAUGGAUAUGGUAAAUAUUUCAAACAACUAAAGCGGUUGGUAUUAAUAGAACUGCAUCAGCUAGCAAGCAUAUGGAACAAAGAUCCAACAGGAACUUUUGUCCUAGAAAAUCUUCAAAUUAUACAUAUCACAAGGUGCUCCUCUAUGAAAUACCUAUUCACUCAUUCUGUAGCUGAGAAGCUUUACCAAUUAAAUGAAUUAAAGUUAGAGGGAUGUGAAAUGUUAGAGACCGUUGUUGAUAAUGGUAGCACUAAAACAAUUGAGUUCCCAAAAUUGAGCAAGGUGGAGUUCAAGUCCCUCUCAAGCUUGAUCGGAUUUUACCACCAUGUAGAAAUCCCAAGGUUGAAAACUUUGAUUAUAGAAAAAUGUCCUAUGUUGCAAGAAUUCACAUCUAGUUUUGCAACAACAGGUGCAUCAUUCACAAUUGAAGGGGAGUCUUUCUCUGAGUUGAAUGAAGUCAAGAUAGAUAGUUGUGAUAGGUUGAUUUGUGUUAUCUCUUCUAGAACAUUACAAGAGUUGAGGAAUUUGAAGAAACUCAUUGUGAGUCAUUGUAACGCAUUGAAAAUGGUAUUCAACAUUUAUGAGGAAAUAUCUUAUUCUAAUACAGAGCUUUUGCAACAUCUUGAUGAAUUGAUUUUGACUAAUCUACCCAAAUUGACUCACAUCAUCAACAAGAAAGUUGUUAGGCUCUGUCAAAAGAUGCAAAUCCUACAAGUGAGCCAAUGUGAGUCCAUUGAUUGGUUACCAAUGUCUCUAAUGCUAAGAUAUAUGGAAAUUUCUAACUGUGGGGCCUUGGAAAAAAUCCUGAUGUUCAAUAAAGAAGAAGGAAAAGCUACAUUUUCUCAAUUGAAGUUUGUUUUCCUUGAAAACUUAAUAAACCUCUCGAUUAUCUUUCCUUUUUCAUCUGAAUUUCCAUCCUUAGAAAUAUUGAAAAUAAAAAAUUGCCCCACUCUAAUGACUUUUGUUGAAGUGUCCAAUGAGCUAAAAGAUCUUCAAGAAUCUCAUCCUUCAAACUAUUUCUUUCCAAAUUCUUUGUUAUUGGAUAAAUUAAAGGAACUUUAUAUAAUAAAUAAGGAUGUUGAGAAGCUCUCGCACUACAAUUGCCCUUCCAAAUCAUUUUGUGAAUUGGAAAAUUUGACAUUGAGCAACAACAAAGUGUUGAGUUCCAUCUCUUUCAGCAUGAUCAAACAAUUCAUCAGCCUGAAAAAACUGACUUUAGACAAAUGUGAGUUAUUGAUUGAGGUAUUUAACCUCAAAGAUGACAAACUAGAUUAUAAUAUCCAAGAAAUGCUUCCUCAACUCAAGGCAUUAACAUUGAGUAGCUUAAGAAGAUUGACAUAUUUAUGGAACAAGGAACCUCAAGUUCCAUUUUUCACCAAUUUGGUGUCUCUUUACAUUGUCCACUGUGGUACUCUCAAAAGUUUAUUCUCACUUUCUAAUGUCAAAAAUCUUGGGAAACUCAAAUUACUCAAAUUGUACAACUGUGAGAAAAUUGAAGAGGUAAUAUCCAAUGAAAAAUCUGAAAAUAUGUCUAUCAGUUUCCCAUUAAUGGAAUGCCUUGUACUCAAAAAUCUUCCAAAGCUAGUCAACUUUUGUCAGCAAAAUGGAACUUUCAAUUGUCCUAACUUACAAAUAGUGAGGGUGAUAAAUAUUCCAAAUAUGGAAACAUUUUCAAGAGGUAAUCUCAACAUGCCAUUGUUGAGAUCAGUUCAUAUACAAUUUGCUAAGAAAAUUUGGCUUGGAAGUUUGAAUAAGACCAUAUCAUAUAUGCACAAAGAUCCAGGUCAUAUCUCGGGCCUUUGAAUUCAAAAUUCAAAGUUCUCGUUGUCCCUGAAAGGUUAAGAUAGAGAUUUAUAAAAGUGUCUUUCAUAAGCCAAAGCUAGUUCUGAUGGUUUAAGGCCCCAAAAUACGUUUCAAAACUUUGCCUUUACACUUGAGUGAGAAUUCUCAUUAAGAGUAAAACUUAGAAGUUUAAACAUGUAAUUAGUGGGUUGGACUUGUAAUUAACUGGAUUUAGGCCCAAUAACAUCCGUGUCUGUAAAUAAGUGUCAGUAGCUUGAGUUGUGUAAAUAAUCCUCAUUUUUUAGA